AUGCUUGCUUCCGCUCGUCGUCUUUCUAGCGCCCUUUUCGCGGCUAGCAGGGCUAACGCAAGACCCUUGGCAGCCUCCAGGCCAUAUGCCACCGAGGCCAGUCCAGAAGAUUAUGGAUAUUGUAAGUAUACAUUUGUCGUAAACUGUUUUUUGUAGAUCCGGAUCCCCUUGAACAUGCUACUGGUCGUGAAAAGAAAAUGUUGAUUGCUCGUUUAGCUGGCGACGAUGUAGGUAUUCUAAAAAAUUGUAUUUUCAUCUCUGUUAUGCGUCUCACCUCAUUAUUUUUUUCAGCGCUACGAACCUAAGGUCUAUUACAGAGCCGAGAACUCAUCCAAAGAAAAGCCAAAUCUGGUCCCCGUUCACUUUCUCGAGCGUAUUAUUGGAUGUCUCUGUAAGUGCGUCCUGAGAAACGUUAUCUGUGUUUAGGUGAACAUGACUCCGGACAUGUCAACUUCAUGGUUAUCCGUAAAGGGGAACCCAAGAGAUGCGAAUGCGGAGCUUGGUACAAGGCUAUUGACGCCGACCCAGAAUCUGUCUAG